AUGGAGCUUAGAGGAACUAAGAAGAAGAAAGAAUCUCCACUGAUGAAGAAGAACACUAAACCGGUGAAGAAGAAACGAGACAGGCCAUCUCCAGUAGAAGAAGACGGAGGAGGCAACGGUGAGUCGUCAACUCAACCCAGUAAGCGACCACGGCGGAACCCUAAAAAUCUACAUCAGAAUCCCGUUGCCUCUCCUACUCCGGCGGACCCUAUUCUGGCUGCUUCUCCAACGCCGUCUGCUUCUCCUACUCAGUCCGACAAUGAAGUAACACGAUCAGCUGAAGCGAGGGGGACACCUUCUUCAGAACGAGAAGAAAAUCCCGAGGAAACUGGGUUGAAUCACGGUGAUGCUCUCUCAUCUCAAGAACAUAAUGCUACAGAGGUAAAAAUCCGACCAACUUGA